AUGGUUAGGGGGAAGCCGAGUAACGAGGGGCCACAAGUGUUCAUCCCUGAAAAAAUCCAAAACAUCGGAUAUGCAACCACCUCGAACAGUAUUCCGGCCAUCUACUUCUCGGGAGCCGAAACACAAAAAUUGGCGACGUCCCUUGGCCACGCCAUCGUAGGUAAAUUCUCACAUUCCAUCCCGGCCUCUUAUCAAAUUCAGAAAGCACUAGAUAACAUUAAAUUCUGCCGAGGCUUUUCGUGGACUUAUAUUAAUGCCAAACAUACUCUCAUACAAUUUGAGGAUUUGGCGGACUAUGCUCGUUUGCUUAGCGGCCCUAAAGAUACUCCGGUUUGGUAUAUUGAUCGACACCCGAUGAGGGUUUUCAAAUGGUCCUCAGAUUUUGACGCCUACUGCGAGUCCCCCAUCGCGGCAAUUUGGUGCAACCUAAUCGGCCUCCCUAUACACUUGUAUGAUCAAGCGGCACUCUUCGCCAUCGGCAAACUCCUUGGCACGCCAAUCCAAAUUGACCGAGCAACCGCCAAUAGGAUGCGACUCUUGUUCGCUCGCCUUUGCAUCGAGAUUGACAUAUCCAAACCGCCACCCGAAGAAAUCAUCCUUGAUAUUUGUGGACGUGAAACGAUGCAACAAGUUAAGUGGGAUAAAAUCCCAUCAUACUGUCGGGAGUGCAAGCAUGUUGGGCACAAGAGCGAGGUAUGCUAUGCGAUGGGGAAGACAGAGAGGCCGGCCAAAAGAAACUACAACUAUCCCGCCCAAGAACAAUCAAACCGUGGAUCCUAA